UUAGUGGACUUUGUUCCAGUAUCGACGAUGGACGUAGAGGCGGUGGUCGGCAGGACUGCUACCCUGCCGUGCGACAUCGAACCUGACUCCCACGAGGACAGGGUCUACAUGGUGCUGUGGUUCAGACAUGCUGGCGGAAAGCCGCUUUACAGUUUCGACGUCCGUGGUCGAAGUUUCAACAAAGCUCUGCACUGGUCUGAUCCCCUGGCUUUUGGUAAACGAGCUCACUUCAUCACAAUGUCCAAGCCUUCUUCUCUCACCGUGGAUGCUGUACAGCUGGAUGACGAAGGAGUAUAUCGAUGCAGAGUGGAUUUCAAAAAUUCACCCACUAGGAAUUUCCAGAUCCGCCUUAAUGUUAUUGUACCACCGCAUCAAUUGCUGUUGUAUGAUGAAGCUGGUCGCGAUGUGGCUGGAGUGGUCGGCCCUUUGGAAGAGGGUGGUAACUUCACGCUUCUGUGUGAGCUCAGGGGUGGUCGACCACAGCCUACCCUGUCUUGGCUCAUCGAUAACAAGCCCGUCGAAGACCAUGUCAUCCUCAAGAAUGAUGGGAAGAUCAUCAUCAGCAAGAUCAGCGUCAGCGGUGCCGAGAGGAGCUGGCUGAACACCAGUGUCAAGUGUCAAGCUACUAACACUGCUCUUCUGAGCCCUCACGAGAGGACUGCUAGAGUUGAAAUGAACUUGCGUCCAACGUCAGUAUCGAUCAUAGAAAAGCCAGGUCAACUGUCAGCUGACACGGAGUUCACCCUGGUCUGCGUGACGCACGGCAGCCGACCCCCAGCGCAGGUCACGUGGUUCAGAGAAAAUAGAAGAUACACGAGGGGGAAGCAUAGCGAGAUAACAAACGAUACGUCAACAAUCAGCCGCUUGACCAUGUCUCCUCAACCAGAAGACGAUGGAGUGAUGAUCAGGUGCCGAGCUGACAACCCUGUGCUGAGAGUCGCCCUAGAGGAUUCUUUUAGGAUGAGCGUUGUUUACAAGCCGGUCCUGACGAUGUCCCUGGGCAGUACACUAAACCCUAACGACAUUAAGGAAGGCGAUGACGUUUACUUCGAGUGCAACAUCAGGGCGAAUCCUAAGGAACAUCGCACCUCUUGGUACCAUAACGAUCAACAAGUCACCCAAAAUAUGUCUUCUGGAGUGUUCAUAAGCACCAAGUCACUUGUACUGCAAAGGGUGACAAGGAAGGAUGGAGGGCUGUACGCUUGCAAGGCUGCUAAUGAAAUGGGAGAAACGAGCAGUCAAGCUGUCUAUCUUCGAGUACAAUUCGCGCCAGUGUGCGCGCAGGGGUCGCCGCGCGUGGUGGGCGCGCGGCUGGACGAGCCGCUGCGCGUGCGGUGCGCCGUGCACGCGGACCCCGCCGACCUCACCUUCACCUGGCAGUUCAACAACAGCGGGGAAAGCUUCCAAGUCUCACCCGUCAGAUACGUGUCAAACGGAGGCACAGCGAGCGAGCUGCGCUACCGCGCCGCGAGCGAGCGCGACUACGGCGCGCUGCUCUGCCGCGCCAGCAACAGCGUCGGGCGCCAGCAGCGGCCCUGCGUCUUCCAGAUCGUACCAGCAGCUCGGCCAUCACCACCAAGAAAUUGCUCAGCGAAGAGGAUCGUGAAUGAUGAUGAACCCUACCUGACUGUGCGCUGCGUACCUGGCUACGACGGCGGACUCAGCCAGCAUUUCGUGCUGGAAGUCGUCGGGGAAACCAGUCGAAUACUCGUGAACACAACCGCUGUGAAACCAGAUUUCAACGCUGUAUGGUUGAACGUAAGCUGGUCAGAACUGGAAGAUUUAUCCGAAGAAGAAAUGCUCACGGUCAGCGCCAGGAACAGCAAAGGCGUCUCCGAUCCUAUUCUCAUCAGAGAUCUCGUUUACAAAGAUGCUGCUAAACAUAUCGAGGACACUACCAGACCUAUGUCUAAAUUCCCAACAGCGGCUGCCAUAGCGGGCGCGGCCGCCAUCGUCGCAACCAGCAUCGUCAUCCUUGUACUAGUUCUACGAAAGCGAAACGAAACCACAGCGAACAGUAAGCGACCGUCUCAGAGCGUGGUCCAGGUCGACGCGAAUGGCAGAAGAUACCUCAUCGCUUAUCCAGCUUCCGAGAAAUUGGAACGAAAGCCAGAUAUAUUGAACCCUAAGGCCGAGGGUGAACCACCGCGUGUCGUGUUGGAGUCGAGCGACAACAAGACGUACACUAUCAAGGAGGCUGCGACCUACCCCCAGCCGUCGUCCAAGGAGGACAUGAAAAAUAUAUACAUAGCAUAUGUCGACUACGCGAAGGCCUUCGAUUCCAUUUCACAUCAGAGUAUCUGGGACGCAUUAGAGCAUCAAAAUCUUCCAUACACAUACAUUAACAUUCUCAAAGACAUCUAUAAAAAGAGUACAAGCCGGGUCAAACUGGAUAGACUGGGCCCAGAGUUUAAUAUCCAUAGAGGCGUGAAGCAGGGGGACCCGCUGUCACCGAAAAUCUUCAUAGCUGUCUUACAAAAUAUAAUGAAAGAUCUAGACUGGAGCAAAAAAGGAAUAACCAUAGAAAGAAAAACCCUCAGUAACCUACGAUUUGCCGACGACAUUGUCCUUUUCGCUGCGACAUCAGAACAACUAGAGGAAAUGCUGACAGAACUAAGCGCUGCUAGCGAAAAUAUAGGUCUACAACUAAAUAUCUCGAAAACAAAAGUGGCUACCAACGGUACGAAGAAUCCCAUACUAAUAAAUCAAACACCUUUAGAUUACGUAGAGAGCUAUAUUUACCUCGGAAAACUAAUAUCAUUUAAAAACACAAGACACCAAGAUGAAAUAGACAGGAGGAUCAACAUGACCUGGAAAAAAUAUUGGAGUUACAAAGAAAUAUUAAAGUCUAAGCUUUCAAUUAAACUAAAGAAAAAAGUGAUGGAUUCGAGUCUAUUACCCUGUUUAUCGUACGGUGCCCAAACCUGGAUCUUUAACAAAAGUACCUUGUCAAAAAUACGUACCUGCCAACGGGCUAUGGAGAGGAGCAUCCUUGGCAUCAAGACCAUUGACAAAGUUAACAGUAAAAAAAUCAGACUCAAAACAAAAGUGAUAGACGCAUUAGAACACGCGCAGCGCUUGAAGUGGAAAUGGGCAGGACACAUCGCCCGUUCUUCUGAAGAAAGAUGGCCUAAACGAGUAACAAAAUGGACAGGCCCGGGAGGCAAAAGACAAAGAGGCAGACCAACAGCCCGCUGGAUAGACGACAUAAUUCGAUUGGCAGGAAGGGACUGGAUGAAGACAGCUAACGACAGGCAAAAAUGGGGACAAUUGGAGGAGGCCUAUACCCGAAAGGGGCCAUGA